ACCGAAGAGCCUCAAGCACAGCCAAUCGGUGACGCGCCUGCCACUUCCUCAAACUGGUCCCAGGUUUCCUUGGGAAUGGUAGUGCUCUUCGGGCGUCAGCCUAACGUCCUCAGGCGGAGUAUAGGAAACGCAGAAACUACAACUCCCAGAGUUCCGCCGCGCGUUGCCAGGGAGGCCGCCGCCAUGCUGCCCCUAGCUACUGAGCAUUCCGUCGGCUUGCCAAAAAGGCGACCCCUCCUCUGCCUUGCUCUUUUCACGAUUUCCAUAGGUCCCGGCUCACGUCAAUCCCCCGGAGUCCUGCCUACUCCUCCGCUCUCAGCGGCGCUGAUUGGCCAGAAGCACCCUCAGGUUGCGACGUCCGUCCCCGUUCGUGCCAGCGAUUGGUCCGUGCGGACGCCCGUCGGCGUGGAGGCCGCGCCCAGAGGGUCGGGCUGGAGCUGCAGGCGCCUGCGGGCUCCGGCGCCGUUAUGCGAGGAGCGGCAGCGUUAUUGCUGAGCAACCGAGACAAAUAGGCGAGCAGCCACAUACAGGGGCUGGGCUAGUCUCUGUGCGAGCGCAUUGUGUAUAUACGGCUAUAGUGGAGUGGAUACACGUAUACACUCACAACAGUCCAGAAAAGGGAUGACGUAGGGGCUGCGCGGGGGCACGCGAGCUGAACAGAGAUGAGCCUGACGUCCUGGUUUCUGGUGAGCAGUGGGGGCACCCGGCACCGCCUGCCAAGGGAGAUGAUCUUCGUGGGCCGAGACGACUGCGAGCUGAUGCUGCAGCGAGUCGGAAAUAUAAAAGCAACACAACCAGCCCCCUUCUACCGCAUGAGUCACUCUCGCUGUGCAGCAGAGGGCGGCGAGGCCUUGAAUCAGCGCAGGAAGACGUUUGUGAAUGACGUCCGGAUACAGGAACAGAUGUACAUCACUCUGAAGAUGGAUGACAAGCUCCGGUUUGGAUAUGAUACAAACCUGUUCACAGUGGUGCGAGGGGAGCUGCACGUCCCGGAGGAGGCGCUGAAGCACGAGAAGUUCACGAGCCAGCUCCAGCUGCCCAAGAAGCCCUGUGAAGGGGAGGGAUUGAAGCCGUCCUGUAUGAAGACCCCCGAGACUAAGGCUGCCGAAGCCUUCAGCGAGGGCUCCCCCAAACCUGCAGAACCCCCAAAACUGGACGACAAGAUGGCAGCAGACAUUGCGGCGCUGCACCGGGGCACGCCCCUGUAUGGCCAGCCGUCCUGGUGGGGGGACGACGACGCAGAUGAUGAAAACUCCUUCAAGCAGGAGACCAAAGCAUCAGCCAAGAAGCCGGACAGUGGAGUGACAGCCGACGGCAGGGAGCCCAGAAAGGCAGAGGACCAGAGUGGGGCGGAGGACGGCCUGCACCCCCUGUGCCGGGAGCCCAGUUAUUUUGAGAUCCCCACGAAGGAGGCCCAGCAGGUGGCGCCGAUGGCGGACGGCGGGAUCCAGGAAAUUCCCACCAAGGACACGGAGGGCGGGGGCGCCGCGGGGGCCGCCGCGCAGGGCCACGCGUCCUUCACCAUCGAGUUCGACGACGCUGCCCCCGGGAAGGUGACCAUCAAGGACCACGUCACCAAGUUCACGCCAGACCCACGCCCCCGGAGCAAGAGGUCUCCUCAGCAGGGAGGGAAAGAGCUGACUACCCUGCAGGCCGCCAUUAUUGCUUCGGAGAGCAAGGUGGCCGACUGGCUGGCCCAGAAUGACCCCCCGCUGGCCAGGAGAGAGUCGACGGAAGAGGACACCAAGAGCAUCAAGAGCGACGUGCCAGUGCACCUGAAGAGGCUGAAAGGAAGCAAGCAUGAAGAUGGCACACAGAGUGACUCGGAAAACGGGGCCGGGAACCAGCUCACCAGCAGGAGGGCGGCGCUGGAGGAGCGGCUGAGGAGCGCCCUGAGUGCCAGGGGGCAGGCUGGCGCCAGCGGGGAGGGCAGGGGUGCCGAGGGGCCCGUGCAGAGCAGGACAGCCUUCAUGAUCGAGUUCUUCGACGAGGAAAACCCCCGCAAGCGCCGCUCCUACUCCUUCACGCAGGCCGGGGGGGGGGUUGUGGCUGGGGAGGUGCCCUGCCCCGUGCCCCCCCCCAAGCCCAAGGGAGUGCCCUCCCCGCUGCCCCCCCCGGCUCCCCGCCCGCUCCCGAAGCAGAGGUCCGAGGACACCUGUGCGGUCCGGCUCUCGGCCAGCGUGGGGCAGCAGACCAGCCCCGGGGAGGAGGUGGACAGCGCGGCCAGGCCGGGGGGCCGGGAGAACGAGGAUGACCACAGCGAUAAGGGCACCUACACCAUCGAGAUGGAGAACCCCAACCCAGAGGAGGAGGAGGCUCGCCAAAUGAUUGAUAAGGUGUUUGGAGUGGAAGAGAGCCGGGACCGCUCCCGCCCUGUCGUCCUGGAGCAGCCGGAGGGGCUGACAGACUGGCUGUCCGCGGCUGCCGGGGACCCCAGGAAAACCAGCUUCAUCGGCUCGGAGACUCUCCCGGAAGACGCGGUCGCGGUAGGCAGUCCUCGCUGGGUGUCCCAGUGGGCCAGCCUGGCGGCCAACCAUACCAGACCCGAAGCCGAUGACCCCCGGUCCGAAUCCCCAGCUUUCGCAGCCCAAGAGAAAGAAGCCGACGUCAGCGAGUCGGCAGUCUCCAUGAAAAGCACGACCUCGGCCGCCUCCACGUCCAGCCACGGAGAACGGCGCAGGAGGACCCUGCCCCAGCUGCCCACCGAAGACAAGGGCCUGGACAGCGCCAGGGCCAAGCCCGGGAAGAGCUCCACGGCGCUGGGCCCGAGAUCGGAGAUCGGGGAGAAGCAGGACACCGAGCCACAGGAGAAGGAGAGCCAGUCGUCUCACAGACGGAGGGAGACGGACCGGGCCAGCCGGGCCGCUCACAAAGGUGCCAGCGGGAGCCCCGCCGCUCCAGAGGCCGACAGGGCUGAUGUGGGGACCUCGACCGUCAAGCAAGCCUUGGCCAAGCUCCAGCAGCAAGAGCAGAGGGGCCCCCAGCAGCAGUGGGGCGGUUCCAAGCCGGGCGCCAAGCCUCCAGGGGCGAGCACCGAGAAGAGGCUGCACAGGCACGACCCCGGCCACAGGGAGGAGGACAAGAGGAGGCGGGCCGAGGACGGCGCCGGGGGCCCGCCGGGCCGAGGGGGAGAGAGCGAGAAGUUGGGCAAGCCUCUGGUCAGGCAGGGGAGCUUCACCAUCGAGAAGCCCAGCUCCAACGUCCCAAUCGAGCUCAUCCCCCGGAUCAACAAACAGAUGGGCUCGUCCUCUCUGGCCCGGGAGAGGAGCGACUCGGUGGGCAGCUUGGACACCACCCUGCUCCUGAAGGACACCGAGGCCGUCAUGGCCUUCCUGGAGGCCAAGCUGCGAGAGGAGAACAAGCUGGAAGGCGGCGGCGGAGGAGCUGACCCCCCCAGCUAUCCUUUGGAGGACUCCAUCUCCCCGGAGUCAGACAUAGACACAGCCAGCACCAUCAGCCUGGCUGCCGGGGACGCAGACCGCAAAACGGCCCAGAAGCGCCGCACGCUGACCAGCCUGCAGAAGGAGAAGAGCACCGUCGGCUCGGCCUCCAAGAGCGCCGCCAGCGCCCGCGAGCGCCUGGAGAAGAAGGCCAAGCUGCGGCCUUCGGAAAGCCGGCCAGAGGCCCGGCGGUCGGUGCAGCCCGGCUCCCGAGCCCGGCAGGCCUCCGUGGACCUCACCGACGACGACCAGACCUCUAGUCUGCCGCACUCCACGAUCUCGGACAUCCUGUCGUCUGACCAGGAGACCUACUCCGGGCGCUCGCACGGCCGGGGGCAGCUCACCUCCACCGACGAGCUCUUGCACUCCAAGCUGGAAGCUGGCAAGGCCGCCAGGACCAGAGCUCCGCAGGCCCCCAGCACGGGCCCCGGGAAACCGGCCACUCUGCCCCGGCCCAGGCCCACCAGAGCCUCCCUGCUGCGCCGCGCCCGCCUGGGGGACACCUCGGACAACGACUUGGCCGAUGCCGACAAGGUGUCCGUGGCCUCCGAGGUGUCCACCACCAGCUCCACCUCCAAGCCUCCGUCCGGCAGGAAGACGCCCUCGCGGCUCGACAUGCUGGCGCAGCCCCGGCGGACGCGGCUGGGCUCCCUGUCGGCGCGGAGCGACUCCGAGGCCACCACGGAAGAACACACUCGCUGUAACGGUCCUUUUUUAAAAGGCUGCUUGUUUCACGCAGAGGGACCCCGGGCAACCCCUGACGCAGAGACAGCGCUGCUGCCAGAGCUCUUGGCCAACGCCCGGUGGAGACGCUUUGCUCCUGAGUACGCCUCGACCUCGGAGGACGAGUUUGGGUCGAACCGCAACUCCCCGAAGCACGGCCGUCUGCGCACCGGCGCCGCCCUGCGCGGGACGCGGCUGCAGGGCUCCGCCCCUCCCAGCCCCGGGGGCGUGGUGCUGAAGCACCGGAUGAGGGAGCAGGAGGAGUACAUCCGGGACUGGACCGCCCACAGCGAGGAGAUCGCCAGGAUCAGCCAAGACCUGGCCAAGGACCUGGCCAUCCUGGCCCGGGAGAUCCACGACGUGGCGGGAGAGAUCGACUCGGUCAGCUCGUCCGGCACCGCGCCCAGCACCACAGUAAGCACUGCGGCCACCACCCCCGGCUCCGCCAUUGACACCAGGGAAGAGGUAGGGCCACCUCUGGAAGGCAUGACCAAGGUUCUUUCCUCUUCUUUCCUCCUUUGCACCUGCUGUGCAUGUGCUGUGCUGGAGCUGCAAGCUGGCAGCUCAUGGUGGCACGGUGAAUAUCUCUGCUGCCCCACGGCUCUAAGUCCUGGGUCCGGUUGGGACUCUGCAUGUUUUGGUUCCUGUCCGCCUCCUCGGGGAUCGGAGGCAGGCUUGUGGGGCGACUCUUCCGGCUCAUGCAGGCUGUCGGGGGAGCAGGAAACAGGGCACAGGCAGGCGGGGGGGGGGGUGAACACAACCCGCAGAAGGUUGCGCCGCUGUGCCACGAGAGGUCCGUACCCCUGUGACGUGAGCCUUCCUCCUCCCCAGGCGGUGCUGGACAGCCUGCUGCUGACAUCGGUGGCCCAGCUCUCAACGAAGAUAAGGCAGUCUGUGGACAAGACAGCGGGCAAAAUCAGAAUAUUAUUUAAGGACAAGGACAGGAACUGGGAUGAAAUAGAGAACAAGUUGCGGGCCGAGAGCGAUAUGCCUCUUCUUAAAACUUCAAACAAGGAGAUCUCAUCAAUCCUGCAGGAGCUGAAGAGGGUGGAAAAGCAGCUGCAAGUCAUCAACGUGAUGGUGGAUCCCAACGGCACCCUGGACGCGCUGAGCAGCCUGGGCCUGACCAGCCCCGUUCUGGCCAAGCCGGGUCCCCGGGCGUCCGGCAGCAGGGCCCCGCAGGUCUCGGGCUCCUCGGAGCAGGAGAGCAUGGAGUCGGAGCGGGACUUCAGCCUCCACUUCAACCGCUUCAACCCCAGUGGGGAGGAGGAGAGCUCCGUCGUGCAGGAGUGACGCGUCUCCGCCGUCCUGCAGGCGAGCCGCUGGAGUGCCCGUCCUCUUCUGUCCUUCAUAUACCAACGUGUCAUUUUCCCUUCCCUUCUUCUCGACUCCUGACCAGAGGCUACUUCCGUCUCCAUUCGCAUCCUCUCACCCAGACGCAUAAACCGCCAAGAGGGCUCCUGUUUUUGUCUUUCCCGAGAACGAAAUGCACGAGUCCUCUGUGACUCUGGCUCUCACCUCGUUCAGACGGGGAGGAAGUACUUCAGACCCCUCGAGGACCACCAGGGCACGACCGGUCUGUGAUCUAAAUGACUGGACAGCAGACGCCAGCAGGCUUGGCCCCGUCGCGCACGGCCAGAUGCUCUGCUCCGGCCCCGGGGCCAGACCCCUGCACUCGGCCGCUGCGCGCCACGAGAUCGCUCUCCUGAGGCUGGUCCAGCUUGCGCAAUGCGUGCAGAUGAGUUCCGCUCUGCCCCGUUCGACGGGACUGUGAGUUUGUUUUUACGCCACCUAGCUCACGGAGAGGGAGAGGAAGCCCCUGCCGAUGGGGCCGAUGCGGGAACGCGGCCGAGCUCUCGGGCCCCGACGCCAUCUCCACCGGCAGACUCGUCUCCUCGCUCUUCCUGCGGGAGAGGAGCACAGGUCUGUCUGCUGCUCUUCAGUUAACCUGCUGUUGGAGCUAGUCAGUCUGCUCCACAGGGAAGGCAUGGCACUGCUCAUACGUCAGCUGGGCGCAGUGGAACAGCCCCACUGGCACAGGGAUCUGCAGCAGAUCAACCAUCUGCAUGGGACCAGCCGUCUCUGUCCCCGCCCGGGCCUGGCACGCUGGCCUGUUGAGAACAGGGUCACGCUUGUUAAGUGUAGAGAAGUACAAACAGUAGAGUUGUAGCAUUUAUGAAAAAAACAUUACUUUCAUAAAAUAAAAUGUAAAAACUCUUAACAUUUGCAGUUUUAUUACUUGCAUUUACUUCAUGACUUGAUUUACGGUGGCUAUACAACAGGCCCAGCGCUGUGAGGUAAAUGUGCGAUUUAAUCUACUGCCUGAUUUUGUACAAGACAAAUUUUCUGAAUUUACCUGGAAGAGCUUUGUGCUGUUGUGAGAGCUAAUAUGUUGACUUUAAGUGGGUCUUGCCUUUUUAAAAGGCUCUGAAGAAAAUAAAUGACAAAAAUGAAAACAAAUUUGUUCACCCAUAAGCAAAGUAAAUGGAUUUUCAAUCUGUUUAGAUCUGUUUAUUGAGCAGAUUGGCUGCUUGUUUAAAGAAAUAUCUGAAGAUAAGUGUAAAAUUACAUUGUACAUGUUUUUUUGUCUAUCUGUUCCUUUUUCUUGUUUUUAUUUUUUGAAACUGGAAAGAAUGCUUUAUACCAUCAGUGCAGUGUGAUUAAUAUGUUUACUUCAGACAGAAGUGCUGGAUUGCAGUCUAGGGCCUCCUGGUCAGACACAGCACUUCUGUCUAUGAUGAGUUUCUGGUUCUCAGAUUCUGUGUGCGAAUAUGGCCAGACUGGACCUGGGUGCCAAGGGUGCCAGAUAACAGAAGGGUUUUCUAUCACUUUCUGUGCACAACAGCACAGCUUUCAGACAAAGGCUUAACGGAGUAUGAACCGUGGAUCUGUCCCAGCCGUCGAGACUGCAUGCCGUCGGUCGAACCAAAGUCUGCUGGAGCCAUGCUGUGUAGUGCAUUAUUCUGCGAUUGUUAAGGAAAAUGUUAAAACUCUGCAGCUAUUCCUGCCUUGCUUGUCUGUUAAAACAAAUUUCCUGCUUUCUGACAGGAGCCUCUCUAAUGUAAAUGAAGUCCUCCUGAACACAAGAGAUUUUGCUGCUUUCUUUUCUUUACAUGAACAUUUUCAUAAUCUGAUUUUUCAGGCCUUUCAUUGUGUAGCCAUGUGCAGUAGAAAAUAAAAUUCAAGAUAGCUCUUCUGUUUUAGAGAUUUAAGCAAUAGUAAAAUAGGUACCAGAAAAAAGAGAUGCAGUUUCUUUCUGUUUGGUAUAAUAGUGUAUAAUGUCACUAAGUGCCCGGUAUUAAAUCGGAUACAGGAAAAAUGAGAAACCUGCAAGGAAUGAAUCCACAGUGGGGAAGAACAUCUUUCAUUUUGCACAUUUUACCCUGACUGUGAUCCUUCUGUUCUUGGGCGUUCCUGAGAUGUGAAAGUUUCAGAGGCUUUCAAGACUUAAAAAGAUGAAGUACAAGGAAAAAUAAAACCAAAACUGAACCUAAGCAUGCUCCUGUCCUGGGCAUGACGCGAUGCCUCAUGGUGUUCCAGUGUGCCAGGACCAGGACAUGAUAAGGACACAGAUAACAGCGAAGUGUUCGGUACUCUUUUAAAAGUUGUUCAGAUUGUUUACAUGUUUGUUCUUAUCAGUGUUUUGAUUUUUUUAUUUUUUGUUUUGCAAGAACACUAUUAUUUAUUUUUGUUAUUUCAUGCGUUAUGUCAU